AUGAAUUAUAUUUCACACCAUCCACAACAACAACCACUUUCUUACAGUCCAACCUCUUCCGCCAACACUUCCACUACUCCAACGAAACAGAAUGUUCUCCAUUCACUAUUAUUGAACCAACAACAACAACAACUACAACUACAUCAACAACACCACUCAAACAACAACAACACACUCUCUCACCAUGUCGUCCUCAAUCCAUUCAAUAACAAGAUUCUCAAUAACUUUUCCCAAGAGGUUGAUAGAAAUAACGAUAUUUCUUCACAUCAACAACAACCAUUACUACUCCUCGAUCAAGACAUCUUAUUGACACUUCCAAGCAAUGAAUUGGCAUCCAACUCUACUACCAACAGCGCUAAUACCACCAACACCACCACUUGUCAUCCUUCCUUCGAGGAGGAAGAAAUUCAAUACGAUGUGUUCAAGGAGGACGACAAUGAUGAUGAUGAAUGGACUUUACAUCAACAAACAUCACUUGCCAAGAUCGCAGAAAAUACUACCUCUACUACUAUUCCUACUACUACUAUUGCCACUUCCACAUGUUCGAACAACAACGUUCAUCACGGAGCUUCAUCUGGACAAUCAUUUCCAUAUAAAGACACUUUACCCGAAAGUGGUAACUUGGUCAAUCCAUCAUUGUCAGUGCAAUCAUCAUCUUUGAGAGAUCUUCUGGAGCAUCCUGCUGCUGCACAGGGGAAGGAGGAGGAUGACAAUGCUUCUUCCUGUUGGUAUCAUCCAUCCCUAUCGAACACUACCAAAACUUGCUCCUCCAUGUUCAUCACACGACAUGUUCCAACAUCAGCAACAACCACCAUCAUGGAUCAUGAAUCUCUCUUUCCUUCAUCACCACCACCACCACAUGUGGUCGAAUCCAACAACAACAACCAUCACCACCACUUGAAGAAGAAUCACAAAGUGGUCCAUAAAGGUAACAACCAAUUGAUCAAUGGCAUCAGCAAUCACUACUCGAGUGUGAAUAUUCCCUCUGCAGAGAUUAUGAAAUCCUUACUACUCACUCAAAUGACUUGUCCCACCAUCAUGAUGAUGAAUCAUCGCCCACAACCUCAACUGCAUGUCAUUCCCACAUUAACAACACCCACUCCUCAACAUCAUUUUGUAUUGAAUCAACAACACUUGCGUCAUUCAAAUCCUCUCCGUGUUGUCACCACCACUCGCCAUUUGAGUCAUCAAGAACCUCAACGUCAUCCUUUGAUCACAACGACCACCUCAACAACAACAACAACAACUCCAACAACUCCAACAACACCUACCACUCCUCCUCCUUCUUCUUCUUCUUCCUCGGAUCAACACUAUGUUAAUGCCUUGUUGCAACUAUUAAGCAGUUCUGAUCCUAUCAAUCCCAUUCCAUUCAACACACAUGUCACCAACAUGAAUCCUCUUCACACUACCACCAUGACUCCAACUCAAAUCAGUUUGAAUCAAUGCAGCUCUUUCAUGAAUACCACAAACACUUGUGAUUCACAUCACUUUGAAGAACAAUCCUUUGUGUCAUUGCUUUCAAGUGGAUUGGAUACUUUCAAUAGUUUCUCUUCAUCGCAGAGUCCACACAGUCACUCGUCACCAAGUGUUUCGAGCACAAACAUUGCAACCGUUGUGACAACUCCACAUUCAGUAGCAAAUCAAGAAGGUGUUGAUCACACAACUGCGACAAGUACUCCUCCCACCAAGUCACGUAAUCGAAUCGAAUCACAUUCGAAAACAGCAUCCUCUUCGAAUUCUCCAAGUGCUUCUCCUCGAAUCAAGGCGAAGCGAUCUUCCUCUCGAAAGGCGUCAACCUCAACAACAACCAAUCCAUUACUCGAACAAGAUGCUGCUUCAAAAGCCAGCUUGCAUGCAGUGCGAGACAUGUUCCCUGAUCCAGAACAAAGAAAUUGCGUCAUUUGUAAACGAUCCAACAUGAGUUUUAAAAAGAAUUACUUUGUUCAUGCAAGUAAUAUUGAGAUUUAUAAGAAAACUUUCCCAGGAUUGGCUGAUAGCAUUGAAUUUGGACCUGUGUGUUCCACUGAUUUUAACAAGGUGUGGAGAUAUUCAAGAGGAGAGUACAUUCCUUCGAGUACUGGUAAUAGUGGAAGAAUUGUGAAAAACCCAUUGAAUGAAAACAAGCCAAGUAAUAAGAAGAGAAGAUCAAAGAACUGUGCUGAGGAAGGAUCGAAUGUGACAAGUAACACUGCUGGAAGAAACUCUCCAAACGAAUCACCCAAAAACAAUAAGAGAGUGAAAAAGACGGCGGCACCAAACCGUUCAGAAAAAGAAUUCACACCUUCAAAAACAAUUGUACCACCACACGAAUUGUCACAUGCCCACCCGCAAGUCAAUGUGCCAGAAACUUUAGAAGUAUCGAGUUCGAAUCAACUGUUGGACCCAUUCAAUAUCGGAUUAGAACACCCAAUUCUUGAAAUGGAUUGCAAUAUUACAGUAAUUAGUUUCAAGAGACAAUCGGAUGAGGCUUUCAAUUUGAUCAGCUUGAUGCAAAUUGAAAAUCAUCUGUAUCAAGAUCGUGAAUUGAAUGCAUCAAAGAGCUAUUUGGAAAUGUUUAAGGAAAAUGUUGCACAGAGAUAUGCUGAUGCGGUUCGAUAUUGCGACAACCAUUCAACACAAGUUCCAGAGACCAUUCAAAUCAGUGAUAUUCUUUCGAUUGGAAUUUUGAGUCAGAAUCUACCCGACAAAUUGAUUGAACUUGACGAACAGUAUUUACAGAAUUUUGUAAACUCCAAAGCACGUAGUUUAUUGCGAAGUGGCGACUGUUUGGCCAUUCUCUUGAAAUAA